GGAGCGCAAAGACAUUCAGCAGAAGAAAGAAAGAAGUCGCACUGUAUUUUUCACAUGUCAUUUAUCAGAAAAAGAAAGGUAAUCUAACAGCACUGUGGACUGUGAGCGAUGUGUUAAUUAGUCGUCCUGUGCGAUAAACACGUGACAGAAUAUUGGGACGCCAGCGGGUAUGUUCAACAAUGUCCUCUGCAGUUCCCUUAAUUUAAUAAUUUUUUACUGAAGGUGAGUGAGCAGAUCACAAUAAGCAAAGGCUUUACGGCUGUUUUGGAGUUUGAGUUUGGACAGCGCUGGACAGGAGCUGCAUGCAAUGGAUGUUGUCCACACACGGGAGGAACUGGAUCAGCUGGCAGCUGAAUACACCUCAGACACCCUGAGCUGUAUUCAUUCAGUGCAGGAGUUCUGUGACAGACAUUCAAAAUGGCUCCUCCAGAGAAAGACAGAGCUGGAGAUGAUGCGAGACAUCAUGGACAGAGCGGAGAAGAUCAACCUCACGAGUGACCACUUCCGAAAAUCAGAGAAGAAGCUGAAGGCCUUUGGGCAGUUUUUGUGGAGCAAGGCUAUCCAGAUGACUGCGGAGAGCAGGGCACAGGAGCUGGAGAAGGAGCUGGAAUGCCUGCUCCAAGAGACCUUAGAGGGGCUUGAGAAGCUGACCCCCUUCCUGGAGGCCGUGGAGAAACUGGCGGUCACUUCUCUCUCUGUCUUCAGGGAGGAGAAUCCGCUGUGUCGGCUCCCCACGGGGACGAGCGCCAUUGGCGUCCGGUCCGUCAUCAUCUCCGCCAGGCGGGCGUGUCCUCUUCUGAUCCAUUUCCAGAGGGAUGCUGGAGACUUCUUCCUGCCGAGCCUGGUCAACGUGGAUGCUCUGAUUUUCCAGCUGGAGAAAUACGUGGAGGUUUCCCAGGAGUUGUGUGAGAAGCUGCAAAAAAGAGAGCAGACAUUCUAUCUGAUGGACAACAAAUUGGAUUUCACAGAAGAAGCCAUGAAAAAUAAGAUUGACCAUUUGAAUCUGCUGACCAGUAUCAGAUUGGACCAGCACUUCAGGAUGGCCUACCUGUUCAGGAGAACUGCCCUCCAAUUUGUUGGCCUGCUCAGCCAACGCAGCUCCAGGAUGCGCCAGUUCCUGGAGGCUCUGGAGGAAGCAGCCGUUCAGCUGGACAGGAUGAAGAUGGGGGCCAGCAUCUCCAGUGUGGCGGGAAGCUCUGUGGGCUUUGCGGGGGGCGUCGUGUCCAUCGUGGGCCUGGCCCUGGCCCCGGUGACGGCGGGGGCGUCUCUGACCCUCACGCUGGUCGGCGUGGGGCUGGGCGUCACCAGCGGAGUAAAUGGCUUGGCUACAGGCAUCGCUGAGAUGUCAGUCAACUCUCUCCAUGGGAAGAAGGUCAACGAAAUCUUGCAACGCUACAAAGAAGAUGUGGAGAUUGUUCUGGAGUGUCUUGAGCAAGCGGCCAGCUAUACUGAGCCAAACCUAGGCUCAAAUGUGGUGGACACGGUGGUGGGUGCAGGUAAAAUGGGCUUUAAGAUGUUUGGUGUCAGUAGGAAAAUUGAUGCCAUUGUGGACGGGGCCUCUGCUUUGGCGGUCAUCAAGAACGAUCGGCUUGCCACAAGCAUGACCAGGGGUGUGGCCCAGGAGGGCAAAGCUGCCCGCAACAUUCCGGGCGUGGCAACCGAUAUCUCCGAUUUUGGGAAGGCGGCUAAGGGCACACCCCUCGCUCUUAGCAAGACAGCCAGGGCAGGGUUCAUCACCCUCAACUCCAUCUUCAUGGGACUGGACCUCUUCUUCAUCUGCAAAGACAGCAUCAGCCUGGCCAAAGGGAGCAAAAGCAGCGUGUCAAAAGUCAUCCGAGGGAGGGCCAGCCUUUGGAAAACUGAGCUGGAUGCAUGGGAGAGGAUCAGUCACUCUCUAUGCAUAGGGAUAUGGAGGUUCAGGAAGAGUAUGGAGGUCCUACAGAGGCCAUUUUACUCAUAGAUGAAGAAAACAGGAAGGCCAUUACAACUGCAAGAUUCUAAACUGUAAUCUUGUGAAACUUGAGGCCUCAUAUAGAAAAUAGUCUUACAAUGAAAUUGUAUCUUAAAUAGUGAAUUACACAGAAAACCGUGGCCAAGUAGUUAUUUAUAAAAUUCCACUUUUACAUUGACGGGAUUGUAUCCCCAUGUAACUUUUAUACUCGAGGCAAGUUAAUUACCUACUGGUUAUGUUGAGGUACUGCACAUUUGCUUUAAGAAAAGCUAUCAAUUUUAGGCACAAAUAGUACAAUAAAUGUUGUACUAUUAUAAUUUUCUUAAGAUUAUGCUUGCUUAAAUCAUAUCCAAGAUUUAUUUUUUUUAUAAAAGAGGCCCCUGGCUCUACUCUACAACACUGGUGACAUGGCAAGCCAUGUAAGUCAAAAGAUAAGACUGAUUGACCAGUAGCUAUAAGUUCCCACACAGACGCUUCUGGCCCUACACAGAGAGCUGAACAUGUGGUGACAGCAUUGGUUGAGAUGUUGAUGCCUUUCAUGGGCACAAGAGGCGAGAAGAAGAGAUGGAAGGGGAAGAGUGAAGAUGAGUGGCCAUGCAUCACCCAUUCCAUCGGCAGCAGCACUGUAGUUAGGAGAGAUAUGGGAAGAACCAAAAGGUAAGAAAUGCAAGGAUAGUGUCAGUAGGUGUGUCAGUAAGUGAAGUGUCAGUAAGUAGAGUCAGGAAGUAAAGCAAUGCAAUUAACUUUUGUUGAGAUAGUAAAGAAUGAGUUCAUUGAAACUAACCCAUUCUUUACUAUCUCAACAAAAGGUAAUUGUUUGUGAUUGAAUAUGGAAGCAAUGUCAUUUGUGCUGAGGGAGAUUGCUAAAGUAUCAAUGAAUAUGAGCAGGGCGACGUAAUGAUAAAUCAAGCCAUUAACUUCUUUAUUAUUUUUAAAAAAUCACAAUAAUGAACAGUAGGUACAAUUAGGAAUAAAUGGGCACAAACGUAAACUGGAAAUGGCUGUUGCAAGCACUGUUGAAAAGUACACCUAUGGUCCCCAACUGGACGCCAUAUAAGUAUAAGUACUGAGGAUUCCAAAGUUUAUUUUGACCAUCUAGUCUAAGGCAGUGUAGCACAGUGGGUAAGGAACUGGGCUUGUAACCGAAAGGUCGUAGGUUUGUACC